CAGGGUGACAGCAUUUUGGGCUCGCUUUCUUGCUCGCUCAUUGUCCAGCGCGAUCCACAAUCAUUAUUCAACCAUGCAGGCAGGACAAACACCAGUGUUCGUCAUGAACACUGCACCAGAGAGGCAGUCAGGAAGGAAAGCCCAGAUCUCCAACAUCACUGCCGCAAAGACUAUCGCUGAUGUUAUUCGAACAUGUCUUGGCCCAAAAGCCAUGCUCAAGAUGAUCCUCGAUCCUAUGGGUGGUAUACUGCUAACAAACGAUGGAAACGCGAUUCUCCGUGAAAUUGACGUUGCACAUCCUGCAGCAAAGAACAUGAUCGAACUCAGUCGUACUCAAGAUGAAGAAUGUGGUGAUGGUACGACCAGCGUCAUCAUCCUUGCGGGAGAAAUUCUUGCUCAAUCCCUCUCGCAGCUUGAACGCGACAUCCACCCUGUUGUUAUCAUUUCCGCUUACAACAAAGCUCUCAAAGAAGCUCUCGCGAUCGUAAAUCGCAUCUCCAUCCCCAUUGACACGUCAUCUGAUGAGGAAAUGCUCUCUCUCAUUAAAACUUCUAUCGGCACCAAAUUCGUGGCACGUUGGAGCGAUUUAAUGUGCCAUUUGGCCCUUCAAGCCGUGCGCACCGUUGCCUCGGAUGACGCUGGACACAAGAGUGUUGACAUCAAGCGCUAUGCACGUGUCGAAAAGAUCCCAGGUGGAUCCAUUGAAGAGUCGAGAGUCCUCGAUGGUGUCCUUCUCAACAAAGACAUCACCCACCCAAACAUGCGCCGACGAAUUAAGAACCCGCGUAUUAUCUUACUCGAUUGUCCCCUUGAGUACAAGAAGGGUGAGAGUCAGACCAACAUGGAGUUCUCCAAGGAGAGCGACUGGCAACGCGCACAGGAAAUCGAGGAGGAGCAGGUCAUUGCGCAGUGCAGACGUUUACUCGAAUUCAAGCCCGAUCUUAUCAUCACCGAGAAAGGCAUAUCCGAUACGGCACAAUAUGUCUUUGAGCGAGCAAACAUCUCUGCUAUUCGACGUGUCCGCAAAUCAGACAACAACCGCAUUGCUCUGGCCAUUGGUGCAACCAUCGUGAACCGCGUGGAAGACCUCCGCGACUCCGAUAUUGGCACAGGGUGUGGGCUAUUCAAUAUCGAGAAGAUGGGGGAUGAAUAUUUCACAUUCCUGACCGAGUGCAAAAACCCAAAAGCGUGCACCAUUCUCCUCCGUGGCCCCUCCAAGGACAUACUUAAUGAAAUCGAUCGUAAUCUUGCAGAUGCUCUUAGCGUUGCGCGCAAUGCAUACUUUAACCCCCUCCUUGCGCCGGGAGGAGGUGCGACCGAGAUGGCGAUCAGCGUAGGGUUGCACGCUAAAGCACGCAGUGUCACUGGGGUUGAGGGAUGGCCAUUCAGAGCUGUUGCAGAUGCUAUGGAGGUAGUUCCACGGACUUUAGUGCAGAAUAGCGGCGGGAAUGCUAUCAGGGUACUGACAGAGCUCAGGGCCAAGCAUGCGAACGGAGAGCAUUCAUGGGGCGUGAACGGAGAGACUGGAAAGAUAGUCGAUAUGAAGGAAUACGGCUUGUACGAGAGUGCAAGCGUAAAGAUCCAAAUCCUGAAAACUGCUGUUGAGGCUGCCCGUAUGCUACUGCGUGUCGACGACGUCGUACAAGCCACACGAAAAGAGCGCGAACAGCAAGGCCCUCCACCGGAGGAGAUGCAGGGCGAUUAGAAUUGAUGCACAGAUAAUACGGAAAAUCGCAUUUUGUGCACAGUGCGUUCAGAAUAUACUAAUUUACAUGUUUCGAAGUGUACCAUCUGCGCCAGCAGUGCAGAUCUUUUAAUGAAGACACGCUGCGCGGUACGGAAAGAUCCAGGUUAAAAUGCGUCUAACGUUAGUAUACGCCCUAGUUUGAGAGGCUCUUGCCAGCAGUGAUGUCGCUCGUUUGAGAACCAUCAUGAUCAGAGUCUGGCAAUGUAGAAAGAAAUAACGUGUAGAUAUGCUCGUAUCAACAAGGAUCACGAUGUAUAAUC